CCGAACAAACAAACAAACUAACGAAGGUCACCUCCGCUUUCUCUCUUGUUCACGCAACCAACAAAAAGUCCAGAACCUUUCCCAUUAAUCUAGUGUAUUCAGUUCCGGAUCCGCCGUCUUCCUCAAUCUCAUUCACGUUAUCUUCACUCAUCUCCGUCGCUUUUUUUUUCUCUCUCUCUCUACGCGGCCACGAAAUCAAAUCUUUUGAAUUCUGAAAAAAAAGUACUUACGAUUUUAAUGGCAAUGUCGCCGGCGACGCUUCGCGUGCUGUGUUUCACGUUUUUCUAUGCGAUUUUGUCUAUACAGCAAUGUAUUUGUGCAGAUUCGCCGGAAAAUUCUCCAAGUCCGGCACCGGAAUCAGGUGGAGAUCUAGGUUCUUUACCGCUGAUCGCUAAGUCUCCUGGAACUCCGUCACCGUCACCAAGUGUGAGUUCUCCUCCGUUACCUUCGCAAACAGAUCGCUCUCCUAAUUCUGCUCCGGCGCCGUCACCUGUAAGCGGAGGUAGUGCUACUCCGUUUCCUGCUCCGUCUCCCGUAACAGAUCCUCCAUCUCCUGCUCCGUCUCCGAGUGAUGUAGUUGCGAGUGAUAUAAGCCAGGAGAGUACUACGGUGGAGGUGAAUGAGUCGUCAUCGUCGGACGGUGGAAUGAACGGCGGAAAGAAGGCAGGAGUAGCAUUCGGAGUUAUGGCGGCGGCGUGUGUUGUAGGUCUCGGAGCAUUGGUUUACAAGAAACGCCGGCAGAAUAUCCGACGAGCACAAUUCGGGUACGCUGGCCGGAGAGAUUUUCUUUGAGUUGCAUGCUUUUCAUAUAUACACACAAAUCUAUAUGGUGCUUAUAUAUAUAUGCAAUUUUUCCACAUAGUAUAUCACAUUAUAUACAAAUCUAUAUGGUGCUUAUAUUUGUAGUAUUUGAGAAUUUCAUUAUAUUUGUUUGAUUCUUUAAUCAUUGAAUAACAAUGGAGUACGUACUCCUAUUUUGGAGUUGGUGUAUUUUUAUUCAAAAUAACAGUUGAAUUUAUAUUUCGAGCAACAAAAAC